AUGGUAAAGUAUCACUUAAUUGUGUUGGUUCAUGGUAUAUGGGGGAAUUCAUCUCAUUUGGGAUAUAUUGAAAAGCAGCUCGAACAUGAAUCUGGUAAGAAUAGAGAGGAGGAUGAACUGAUUGUGGUUUACAAGACAGGGUCACAUGCUGGAUAUAUGACUUACGAUGGCAUUGAUGUCAACGGAAAGAGGAUCUCUGAUGAAAUAUGGGAUGUAACUAACGAGCUUAAUCAGGAUGGCAAUGUUGUGUCAAAGUUUUCCAUAGUUGGAUAUAGCUUGGGAGGGUUAAUCUCAAGAUACGCAAUUGGAGUUUUAUUUUCCCAGUCAUACUUUAGAACAAUUGAGCCAGUUAAUUUCGUUACGUUCUGUACUCCUCAUGUGGGCAUACUCAAUCCUUGCCAUGGAUUCUCUGUUAGCAUGUUUAACAAAGUUGUACCCCAUCUUUUAGCACAUACAGGCAACCAGUUGUUCUUGAAGAAAUCAGCAAAUCUAGUUGAUAAAGAGAAAAGGCUCCCUCUUUUAGUCUGGAUGACUGAUCCCAAAUCUUAUUUCUUUAAAGGUUUGGCAGGUUUCCGUCGAAGGACCCUAUAUGCCAACGUUAUCAAUGACAAAAGAACUUCCUUCUUCACUUCUUAUAUAUCAAAAAUUGACCCUUUCAAUUCAUAUUCGAACAACGAUCCUAGUAUCCUCGAUUUGAGCUACAUUAAAAAUUAUGAGCCGACGGUCAUCGAUAUUUCAAAAUCUGUUGGCAUUCGUCAAUUCCCUGUUGAUAAAAAGAUCAAGCGUCAUUCUAAAGUGUCCCUUUUAACUCGUGUUCUAUAUUGGUCGAAAGUUGUCUUUAAUUUGAUACUAUUCACCCCAUUAUGGUCUCUUUGGUUUAUUGGGAUUUCAGUUCUAGAAAGGAUUAAAUUGAAUAGAAGAGUCGGUGCAUUUAGUAAAAACUCCUCCAGUGACUUGAUACACUUGUACAAAUUCGAUGAAGAAGCUGAAGAUUCUAGAAAUCUCAAAAGAUCACUGUCUUUCCUGUCUUUAUCCAAUAAUGAGUUACUUUUUGAGAAUCUAGAGAGAGAGAUUUCGAACCAGGUUAACGAGCAAACUGAUACUUUAGUGGAAUCAGUUUUCGAUGCUAUUAACAGUAGACAAGUGGAUCAGUCUGAAGGUUCACCUGUUCAAAAUGGAGAAUUGUUAUCUAAAUUGCAUUUAAAUGAAUUUCAGCUAUAUAUUAUCAAUCAACUCAAUUCAUUGACGUGGGAAAAGUAUCCCAUUAUUAUUCGAAAUACAAAGGCUACCCAUGCUUGUGCUAUAGUCCGCUUCAAAGAUCCCCACUUUGAUGAAGGGAAAGUAGUAGUGGCCCACUUUGUUAAAGAAGUUUUCCAGUAUCAUUAG